AUGAUGAACAAUAUCGGGAUAUUUAUUCUUUUGGUCUUUGCAUGUGUUGUAAUCAAUGGCCAGUGGAUAACAGAAAAACAUGUCGAUGGUAUCAUUGAUAGAGAUGAUGAUUAUUGGGUUGUAAAAACUAAUGGAAAAGUAAGUCGUCCUAAAUUUCCUGCCUAUAUUCGUUUUUACAAUACACAUACACGAAAAAGUGAAUACAAAAUUGAUGUUUCAAGAUCAGCUCAAAUACUUUAUUAUAAUGGUCCACCACAAAUUAUUUUUCGUACAGCAGGUCAUUAUUGGUCAGAAGGUGAUUCGUAUUAUAUCACACUUGAUGAAGGUGUACUCUAUUCAAAUGAUAUUGAAAAUUCAACAGAAUAUUUAAGUCCUAAAUUUUGGCGAUUUCGAGUUGUUCGUCCACUUAUAAUUGCAUAA